AUGAUCCACGAGUUCACCUCAAACCCGGGGCCGCAGCACCGGGGCUCGUGGAAGGGGCGCUCGAAAAACCUCGCCGCGCAACAGAGUGGCGAGGGCAGGCCCGCCUCCACAAGGACUACUUCCACCUCACCAAUCCGAUCUUUCCGGAAAAUUUGUUCCGGCGCCGAUACUGAGGAUGUCAAGGGACCUGUUCUCGCUGACGACUCGUCGCGCUCUACCCACACCCCGGCCACGGCGCCUACGAGCCCCCGCCGCGGCGGCGGAGGCCGCCGCGCCGGCGCCGGUGGCGGGGGAUGCGGCGGCGUGGACGACGCCGCGCUCUGCGACGACCUGCUGCAGGAGGUGUUCGGCCUGCUCCCGCGCGCCGCCGCGCCGUCCGUCUCCCUCGUCUCCCGCCGCUGGCUCGCGCUACUACGGGCGUCCACCUCCCGCCUGACGCUCCGCCUGCCGCCGACCUCCACGGGAGCCUCGCCCUCCGCUGCUCUCGCCGACCUGCUCUCGCGGUACCCCUACCUAUCCGCCCUGGCCGUGGUCUCCGCCGCCGCCCACGACGCCGACCUGGUCCUGCUCGCGGUCGCCGCCUCGCCCUCGGCCACCAGGCUCACCGCGCUGCGCUUCUCGCUCGGCUCGCCCGUCUCGCCCGCCACGCUCAGCGCCGUCUCCCUCACCUUCUCCGGCCUCACCUCGCUCCACCUCACCGCCCUCAGCCCGCUCUCCUUCCGCUGGCUCGCCUGCCUGCCAUGCCUCAAGUCCUUCGCCCUCGUCAACUCCGCCUCUCCCGCCGUUGACUCAACCGUCUCCACCACCUCCUCCUCCGACGCCUACGCCGAGGCCGAAGCCGUGGCGCCGUUGCCUCUCGAGAGGCUCUCGCUCUGCGGCAUCCGCUCCGGCCACCGCGGUCUCGGGUGGCUGUGGCAGCGCUGCGGGAGCCUCCGGUGGCUGCAGCUGCGCGCCUGCGACAGCAUCGGGGACGGGCCCGCGUCGACCGUCUUCCCGGAAUGCCUCGACGGCCUGCUCGAGCUGGAGCUCCGCGCCUGCCGCUCCGUCGCCGACCGCGUGCUCCUCCUGGCCGCAGACCGCUGCCAUGCGCUAACGUCCCUCCUGGUGUACGACGGCGGCAGCAGGGAGGCCCUCCUCCACUUCAUGCACCAGCGUGGCGCCGCUCUGCACACCCUCGACCUCCGCCUACCUCUGGACCUGCACAACGACCACCUCCUUGCGAUUGGUGGUCACCACAGCCAGGCCAGUCUCGCGGUCCUUCGCCUCCAAAGUUGCGUCCUCAUCACCGGGGACGGUCUCCGCUCUCUCGCACUCACAGCCAUUGGGGCAGGUAUCCAAGAGGUCGCCCUAGUGAGCUGCGACGUACUUGAACGGGAGCCCGGGCUGCUCACCUUCCUCAGCCAGAGCAUGCGCCAGCUCCGUCGCCUUGAUCUGUCUUACAACGAGACGCUCAAGGACAAGGAGAUUGGUGCCAUGCUAUCGUCUUGCCGGAAUCUAAUUGACAUCAGGUUUAGAGGCUGCCGCUCCCUUACUGGAGAAUCACUCGUCUCCUUGCUGAGGCACUGUGGGCGGUCAGUGGAGGUCCUGGACAUCUCCCGCUGCCCUGGCAUGAAAGGAGCCAGUGUCGAAUUCUUUGCCCAGCGAGCCACCCGUUUGAAUCAUUUGAUCAUCGAGGAGAGCUCCGCGUCGGAGGAAUUGAAGGCAAUUGCGCAGACCAAAGGCAUCAAGCUUGGCCCAUUGCCUUGUGAAGGAUCAUUCUGAUCUAAGGUAACCUUAUUCAGAAUGAAACUCAUCGAUGCUGGAACUUAAGGAAUCGCUUACUGAAUGUUGAAUAAGGGGUUAGUGCUUACUUAUCUGUGUAUAAAACUAUGGUGGAAAUGUGUGUGUGUAUCUCUUGUUAACUGUAAACUUGUAAUUAAAAGGCCCCUCCUUGCUGCCUGACUUGUAAAUUGAGCAGCAAGAAUUGUGCUAUUGUAUAUGUGUAAAGAAAUAAAGCUGAAACUAUUGCAUGGAA